AGGAAAGUCAAAAGUUAUUAUUGGAUUAUUCUCAUUGCAAUGAAAUGCUAUAAUAAUGUAAAUGGAUGCAAUAUUUAAUGAUAUAUAAAGUUACUUUUUUAUGCUUGCCACUGUUUGUAUAACAGGUACAGAAAAAUAUUCAUUUUUAAGAAUUGAGAGUGGGUGGUAGAAAAAUUAAAAAGUUUAAGUUUCACUAGACUAUAUUUCAUAUUUUUUUUUUAAUUAUAUUUGUUUAUUGGGAUUUGUGGGUUUUUUAGGCUUCUAUGAAGGUGCCAUUUUACAUUGAAGCCAGAACAAGAAAAAAGAGGGUCAGUUGAAGAGCCAAAAAAAACCUUCUUUUGGUAGUGGAUUGUCAAGGUUUUGAUGGUUAAAGAGGGCUUUUACUCUAUUUGUUUCAAGGGUUAUGAUGGAUUUGAUGGGUUUUGGUUUUGAUUCGGAUAAGAUUGAAGUCUGCAUAUAACAUGGUAUCUUUCUUGUCUUGUCUUAAUGGGUUUGAAUGAUUUCUUGAUUUUAGAGGUUUCAGCGAUUGAAUUGGUGGGAUAGAGAAGAGGGAAAACAAAAAGAAAUGGAGGAGGAGGCUAACUCUUGGAUAAGGAGGACUAAUUUCUCUCACACAGUAUAUCACCGUUUGGAUUCUUCAAGGAUGGCUUCUUUUCCUAUCAAUAUUCAGACAGAGAGAAUUGUGGGCUUGAAAUCCAGGCCUGGAACAGGAACUGCUUCUCCCAAGCAGAAAUCACAGCAAUCCUUUUUUAAUCAAAACUCUCAACACUCCUUUCCCAAUCAGAAAUCACUUUCCUUUCCCAGUCAGAAAUCAUCAGUGUCUAAUAAUUCUCAGAUUCAGAGAAAUCCACUCUCCAAUAAGCAAAGGUCUUUAUCUCCUCUCCCUAAAACAAUCCUUCCUGAUACUUUUAAAGAAGCAAGGUCUGUUAAUAAGAGAUUCUCGACGCCACUUCCUCGUAGAAAAGAUCAAGACAUGGGAAUUAUAGGAAAAUUUUUGCAUAAAGAGUUAAAAGAAACCAAGGAGAAGCUCAAUACAAGCCCACUUAGGCACUUAGCCUUGAUGAAGGGUGGUCAUGAAAAGUCUAGGAGCAAGAAGGAAUCUGCUUGGACAAAGUAUUUUGAUCAUGGUGGAGGAAAGGUUAAUGCUGUGGAAGCAGCUGACGAAUGCAGUGUUGAUCUGUCUAAGCUGUUUCUCGGGCUUAGAUUUGCUCAUGGGGCACACAGUAGGCUUUACCAUGGUCUAUAUAAAGAUGAACCUGUUGCAGUUAAACUUAUUAGGGUACCAGAUGAUGAUGAAAAUGGAAACUUAGCAAUUCGAUUAGAGAAUCAAUUCAACAGAGAAGUCAUGCUUCUAUCUCACCUUCACCAUCCAAAUGUCAUUAAGUUUGUAGCAGCAUGCAGAAAGCCUCCAGUUUAUUGUGUUAUAACAGAAUAUUUAUCCGAGGGUUCCUUGAGAGCAUACUUGCACAAGCUUGAGCAUAAAACUCUCUCCUUAGGGAAAUUAAUGACAAUUGCUCUGGACAUUGCUCGUGGAAUGGAAUACAUUCACUCUCAAGGUGUCAUUCAUAGGGACCUUAAACCAGAGAAUGUCCUUAUUGAUCAAGAGUUCCACUUAAAGAUUGCUGAUUUUGGUAUAGCUUGUGGAGAUGCAUAUUGUGAUUCCUUGGCUGAUGACCCUGGCACUUAUAGAUGGAUGGCACCUGAGAUGAUAAAAAAGAAAUCCUAUGGGCGAAAAGUUGAUGUGUACAGCUUUGGACUCAUCUUAUGGGAAAUGGUGGCUGGAACAAUUCCCUAUGAGGAUAUGACUCCCAUCCAAGCUGCCUUUGCAGUAGUGAAUAAGAAUUCAAGACCUGUUAUCCCGAGGGACUGUCCUGCUGCCAUGGGAGCUCUAAUUGAGCAAUGUUGGUCAUUGCAGCCAGAUAAGAGGCCAGAGUUUUGGCAGAUUGUAAAGGUAUUGGAGCAAUUUGAAUCUUCUCUUGCUCAUGACGGAACCUUGAAUCUGGUACCGAACCCAGCUUGCCAAGAUCAUAAGAAAGGAAUGCUCCAUUGGAUUCAAAAGCUUGGUACUGUGAAUCCUAAUAGCACACCAAUGCCUAAACCUAAAUUCACAUGAAUAUUUUUUUAUGGCUUGGCUUUUGUAAUGUACCCAGGUCACUUGUAAUUAAAAAGGGUUUUUUUUUAAGCCCCUUUAUUUGUACUCUUCUCAUGCGAGGGUCAAUUUAAGAGAUUGGUAGGCGUACUUUCACGUGAAA